AUGUUCAUCGGUAUGUUCCGAGAACUGCACCCGAGGGCCUCCAGCCCUAUUGACACGGCAGAACUCUUGUUUGCUUCUAGAGAUGGAGAAGUACUAGACGCUCAUCUCAAGGAGAUUGCCGACCAGCCUGGAUAUGACGCUCUUGCUCGUUCGCUACGUGAACUUCAUAAUGAGCUUAAGGAUUUCAGGUCCAGCGCGAAGAAGAAGAUUGGGUUUUUCGACAAGAUGAAAUUGCGAAAGCAAUGUGCUCACGCCAAGGACGUGAACCCAGACAGAAGAAAAAAGGUACAAAAAUUUGUUGGUGGCAAGAAAUUUUGGAGCUUUGCCGGACUGGAAGGACCCAUCAACGUGAAGGAACUCGAAGAAUUCCUGAUGCUUAAUGGUAAGGGACCAGACCCGUUCGUCCACGAAUGGACCCUCAUCAUACCAUUGGUGGUGGUUAAAGGUGUAGAGGACGUGGUGCAGGCACUAUCAUCGCUUCAUGACCUGAAGAACAACAAGAUUGAAUUCGUAAAGCUGCACAAUGCCCUAGUUACAUACUGCCAUCAUUUUGGAGUAAGUUCAGCUGGAGUGUGGAUGGCGCUGGGAUUGGACCCCCAAAAGGUAUAUGAGAUGCUCUCGCUACACACCUGUGUUCAGAAUGCAUUAUAUGCAGCUACUGCAUAUGAGUGGUUCAAGUACGUCGAGAUGUACAGAGCGGUGCACCCGAAGUGUGCAUUGGGCUUCAAGGAAGCACGUAAGCUUUUCGCUCUACAACACGACACAAACAGACCGGAACAAUGGAUUACGUACUUGGAAGAAUCGAAAAAUGACGAGCACGAAGAGCUUGCUAAGAUGCUGCGCAAACCUUACGACGAAAUGUUGGAGAAGGAGUCAAGCAAGCUACUAGCAGACACGGGGAGGUAG